AGUUAAUGGGAGCACCUGGUGGCUGGUGUGACAGUAUCAGUGACAGGGAUAGAGCGCAGUUCCUCUUAAUUCUUCAAAAAUCAAAAAAUGAAAUAAAGCGGGAACCAUCCUUACAUCUCUCUCUCCCUCUGAAAAAAUUCUACUUUCUCUACGCUUUCUACAUUAUCUGCACCAGAUUAGAAUCCGCUGCAAUUCUGCAAAUCUCCUCGGCUCCUUCUUUUGGUGUUUCUUCUCUUCUCUGCAACACAACAGAGCCAUGGCGAGAACAAAACACCUAGCCCUACGCAAACAAAGUCGCCCACCAAGUCGCCCCACAGCCACACGUUCUGCUGCAGCUGCAGCUUCAUCUUCAGCGCCUCAAUCGACGCCUACAAGAACAAGUCAGAGGACUGCACCUUCAACUCCGGGGCGGACACAAAAGAAGAAGACUCGUUACAGGCCAGGGACAGUAGCGCUUCGAGAAAUUAGGCGCUUUCAGAAGACAUGGAAUCUUCUCAUUCCAGCUGCUCCUUUCAUCAGACUUGUUAAAGAAAUAAGUUACUUUUUUGCACCAGAGGUAACUCGCUGGCAAGCUGAGGCUUUAAUAGCUCUUCAGGAGGCUGCAGAAGAUUUUUUAGUUCAUCUGUUUGAUGAUUCAAUGCUAUGUGCUAUUCAUGCGAAGCGUGUUACACUUAUGAAAAAGGAUUUUGAGCUGGCUCGACGACUUGGAGGAAAAGCACGACCUUGGUGAAGACCAGAUUACCAUCCUACCCCAACUAGAUAAUUGCACAGCUUCAGUUCAAAGAAUCAGCCUCCACCUGGAGUCUACAAAGUUUAACCAUUAGUACUUACAGAUUGUUUCUAUUUUAACCAUUACCUCCUGUAAUAGAAUGGGUUAUUUAUGGUACAUGAUCUUCAACUUUCCAUACUGUAGUAUCAAUUCUUACAACCACACUUUGACUUAGUUGGACGCUAUGCCAUGUGAUUAUAGUGGACGAGUUACCUAUAUGUCAUGCAGAAAGUAGUCUAUGUUUUAGGCUGCAGAGAUACAUCCUUUUGCCUUA